CCCACUGGUACAUACAGGAGCAGAGGCAGACAAGGCAGGCAAUGACUAGGAGACAGGAGAGGGGCUGGAGACAGGCUGCUAGAGAGCUCAGAACCCCAGCACACCUCCCUGUCCCAACUCUGUCCACCACCUGCUGUGACCACAGCAACAGAAGAGACAGCUAAUAAGACAAAGUGAGGCCCGGUACCUUGAGGACAGUGGUGUCAUUAGCUGCAACGCCUAGGAUGUCUCGAGAGAUGGGAGAACUCACCCAAACCAGAUUGCAGAAGAUCUGGAUUCCACACAACGGUGGCAACAGCAGGCUGCAACGCAGGAGGGGCUCAUCCAUACCCCAGUUUACAAAUUCCCCCACGAUGGUGAUAAUGGUGGGUUUACCAGCUCGAGGAAAGACCUACAUCUCCACGAAGCUCACCCGGUAUCUCAACUGGAUAGGAACACCAACUAAAGUGUUUAAUUUAGGCCAGUAUCGACGAGAGGCAGUGAGCUACAAGAACUACGAAUUCUUUCUCCCAGACAACAUGGAGGCCCUACUUAUCAGGAAGCAAUGUGCCAUAGCAGCCCUGAAAGAUGUCCAUAACUAUCUCAGCUGUGAGGAAGGUCACGUUGCGGUUUUUGAUGCCACCAACACUACCAGAGAACGACGGUCACUGAUUCUGCAGUUUGCUAAAGAACAUGGUUACAAGGUCUUUUUCAUCGAGUCCAUUUGUAAUGACCCUGACGUCAUUGCAGAAAACAUCAGGCAAGUGAAACUUGGCAGCCCUGAUUACAUAGACUGUGACCAUGAAAAGGUUCUGGAAGACUUUCUAAAGAGAAUUGAGUGCUAUGAGGUCAACUACCAACCCUUGGAUGAUGAACUAGACAGCCACCUGUCCUACAUCAAGAUCUUCGACGUGGGCACACGCUACAUGGUGAACCGAGUGCAGGACCACAUCCAGAGCCGCACAGUCUACUAUCUCAUGAACAUCCACGUCACACCCCGCUCCAUCUACCUAUGCCGGCACGGUGAGAGUGAACUCAACCUCAGAGGCCGCAUCGGAGGUGACUCUGGCCUCUCAGCUCGGGGCAAGCAGUAUGCCUAUGUCCUGGCCAACUUCAUUCAGUCCCAGGGCAUCAGCUCCCUGAAGGUGUGGACCAGCCACAUGAAGAGGACUAUCCAGACAGCUGAAGCCCUGGGUGUUCCUUAUGAGCAGUGGAAGGCCCUGAAUGAGAUUGAUGCGGGUGUCUGUGAGGAGAUGACCUACGAAGAAAUCCAAGAACACUACCCUGAAGAAUUUGCACUACGAGACCAAGAUAAAUAUCGCUACCGCUAUCCCAAGGGAGAGUCCUAUGAGGACCUGGUCCAGCGUCUGGAGCCAGUUAUAAUGGAGCUAGAACGGCAGGAAAAUGUAUUGGUGAUCUGCCACCAGGCUGUCAUGCGGUGCCUCCUGGCCUACUUCCUGGACAAGAGCUCAGAUGAGCUGCCUUAUCUCAGGUGCCCUCUGCACACAGUGCUCAAACUUACACCUGUGGCUUAUGGCUGCAAAGUGGAGUCCAUCUACCUGAACGUGGAGGCUGUAAACACACAUCGGGAGAAGCCUGAGAAUGUGGACGUCAGCCGGGAACCUGAGGAAGCCCUGGACACUGUCCCUGCCCACUACUGAGCCCUUUCUAAGACAUAAAACUGCCUCUGUCCUCGCUAUCUUUCACGUUUAGGAGCUGCUAUUGUUGCUAUUCUCUUACACUGAGAACACUCUGGAGUUGGCCUCACUGAAAGAGACCUGCUUCCAGUGAAGAAACCCUCAUCAGCUCCAAAACAGGUCUUGAUUUCUAGCUACAACCAAGGUGCUGUCUAGGUCAGGAUGAAACUUUUUCCUUCUUAAUUCCUAUUCCCUGAUCAAUAAAGACUUCUCUUACUGCCUACAAAAGGGGAAAGGAGGUCAUUGUGAGCCUUUUCCCACAAGAUCCUCUUAAGAUCCUGACCCUAUGAAAUGGCUCUGGUGCUGUCGGGGUAUGGACUGGGUGAGAACUUCCUGGAAAGAAGGACUUUGGAGUAGUACCUCCAAAUGUGAGGGUGGAGAUAGGUUCAUGUGAGUGCUUAUGGCCUUGUUUCUUCGUGGGCAACAUGGCUGGGAACAUGACACCUUCAUCCCUACAUUCAAAGAAGAAUCUGCACUCAGACCACAGUUCUCCUUCCUUCUCCAACUCUUGUUGCCAUCCUGAGUUAUUUCACUGUCCAUAUAAAUGAUUCAGACAAUACCCUGGUCUCCUAGUGUCCUGCCCCCUCAACUUCAGUGAGCAUCUUCCCUUCAGCCACUCACUGCUUGGUUGGCAUCAUCUAGACUUCUCUCCAGUCUGACUUCUUAAAUACAAGCAUCCCACUAUCUAACCACUGGCCCCCUGGUCCUUAAAA